AUGUCAAGGCUCGACCUUGCAAGAACACUGGCAAACAACCCAAUUGUUUUGAUGCGGAGUUUGGAAUACCAAAUUAGACCCUCUUAUACCUUCUUCAAAAAAGUGGUGCUCUCUGAUGUGAAGGUCGUGGAUAUUUGGAAGCGCAACUCAUGGAUUUUCAGGGGAAAUCUGUUCAAGAAUGUGAUACCCAAUAUUGAGCUUGUGAGAGAAUUGGGCAUGCCCCAGUCCUGUAUUGCCCUGUUGCUAACAUAUUAUGCUAAUAUUGUGAUGAAAAAGCCUGAUUUCUUCGGUCAACUUGUGGGUGAGGUCAAAGAAAUGGGAUUUGACCCUCAAAGGUCGAGCUUUGUGCAGGCCAUGCAUGCAUUAUCUGGAAAAGAGACGACAUGGAAACUCUGUCAAGAGGUUUAUAGGAGUUGGGGUUGGUCUGACGAGGAUAUUCUUGAUGCCUUCAGGUCGCAUCCGCUGUGUAUGAUGAAGUCAGGGAAGAAAAUAAUGGAAACAAUGGAUUUCUUAGUGAACAAGAUGGGUUGGCAGUCACAGAAGAUUGCAAGGUCUUCCAGGGUUUUGGGUUACAGCUUGGAGAAGAGAAUCAUCCCAAGGUGUUCCGUUGUUAGAAUUUUGUUGUUGAAAGGAUUGAUGAAAGAGGAAGAGUUGAAUAUGAAUACUAUUAUUACUACUUCAGAGAAAUACUUCCUGACUAAGUUUGUGAGCAGAUAUCUCAACCAAGUACCUCAAUUGUUGAAUGUGUACCAAGGGAAACUGGAUUUUCAGGAUGUAUGA